AAUAGGUUUUGUGCACACACGGUAUAAAUAUAUCAGAUAGACAAACGUAGGCGGACGACGGACCCUUGGGAACGAGACAAUUCGCGAAGAGUUAUAUUGUAUGUACGGCGAUACGUGCGACGAUACUUCUCUUGGUUCUUCUCGAGUGUUUUAUUCGGGGGUAAAGUGCUCGCCGGAAUCAUGGCUGCUCAAUAAUAUAAUGGAAGGAAUUCUAUAUCGUUCUUCUGAAAUGUGACUGUCGGUGAUUCGACUCGUACCGUACCGGGAGUCGGAAGGGAUUUAAAAUAUAAGUUGAGUGAAAAUGACUAUCGCGAAAAGAAUAUUGGGCGCGGGGUUUGGUCGUGUAGUUGAUGUAAAAGAAAUGCCGCGGCUGGGUUAACGGUAUGAAAUUAUCGCCGCGGGUCAACUGCGCGAUAAAAUAACUACAGUCAUCAUGAACUUUCUACAGAUAAUUUAUUACGUCGCAGCAAUGUUCGUCGUUGGAUCACUGGGGGAGAAGUGUUCGGACGAUUGUUCUUGCAAAUGGAAGAACGGAAAGCAGACGGUAGAAUGCACGGAUCGCUCCCUAACCACCAUUCCCGGGUGGAUCGAUUCUGAGACUCAAGUACUGGACAUGAGUGGAAAUAAAAUUAAGGUCCUACCAAAGCACAUUUUCAAACGACUAGGACUUACGAAUCUGCAGCGGUUAUACUUACGCGGCUGUCACAUUGAUCGGAUCGACAGCGAAGCUUUGGCCGGCUUGACUAAUCUCGUCGAGUUAGACUUGAGCAACAAUUUGCUCACGUCAAUACCAAACACGAGUUUCGCCGACACGCAAUUUCUGCGGGAUUUAAUACUAUCCCAUAAUCCGAUAGAAAAAGUACCGGCGAACGCUUUGAAGUACACCCCGAAUCUCGUCAAGCUCGACAUAUCAAACUGCAAGAUAAACGAGGUUAAUUCGAAGGCCUUCGAGGGCCUGGGACUACUGGAAAGCCUGAAACUGAACAACAACAAAUUGGUCAACCUUCACCCGAGCAUGUUCGAGUCGCUCGAGAAGCUGACCAGUAUCGCCCUGCACGAGAAUCCUUGGAAGUGCGACUGUCACUUGAGGGACAUAAAAAUCUGGCUCCUAAAACGGAACAUUCCAACGCUCGUCGCGCCGGCAUGUCGCGGGGGUCCAGAUCAACUGCUUGACAAAAUGUUCUCGGAACUAUCAGUCGACGAUUUCGCCUGCCGUCCAGUUCUCCUAGUCGUGACUCCGUACGCCGAGGCGACGAUCGGGGAAAACGCGAGCAUAAUUUGCCGGGUAAGCGCUGUACCACCGGCUCAAAUAAAGUGGUACUGGAACGGCAGGAUGCUCGCGAACCAUUCGGCGUUCAGCAGUUUCCAGAAGAUACUGAUAUUCGAGGAGGGCCAAUCGCGGAAGAAGAGCACCCUGGUCCUGACAAACGCCCAGGAGUCGGACUCGAGUGAGUUUUACUGCGUCGCCGAGAACCGGGCCGGCAUCGUGGAGGCCAAUUUUACCCUUCACGUGUCGCUGAGAACGGCAGGAAUGUCGACCCUGGGCUCGGGGCAAAUAGCUGGGAUCUCCGCGGCCCUCGUUGUGUUAAUUCUUUUCAUCCUGUUGAUCAUCCUCGUGUUAUUCAUCCGUCUGAGGAGGAUGCCUCUGAAGGAAAUCAAGUCCUCCGGAGGCGCGCAGGACGGCGUUGUAGCUGGCAACGGCGUCGCCGAAGGUGGUGGGUCGUCGUCACGGAGAAAAGCCGACAAUGACGAGGCGACCUCGUUCGCCACGUUCGCCGAGGCGAAGCCGCCGGUUUCUCUGAACCUGAACUACGUCCAGAAGCCGUACGCCUUCUCCGAGGACGAUUACACCUUCGCUCGUUACACCGAGAGCCACGCGGCUUCCGGUCCCGGGCCGUGCUACUCGUCGACGACGUCGUUGAUGCUCGUCGAGAAUCCCGACCUGAUUCGGGAUACGCGACGCGGUUCGGCCGACGAGGCGAAGCCCUUCGCGCCUGGUGGCUACAGCAUAGAAGUCAAGAACAACAAGCUCCUCUACUCCAACUGCAUAUGGGAGUCGAAGGAGGAGAUUCCCGUCGGCGGAUACGUCGUCAAGGACAUGCAAUCGGCGAUGACGGCUUCCGUAGACGCGGCGCAAGUCGCCUCGUCCGUUCCUCCGGGCGCUAAGCAGAUUCGCGUUUGGCAAAAAGGCGUCCCGGUUUUGCCACCCGUUUCCGCCCUGAAGCGGGUCCUCGGAUCAACACGGAGUUCACCCGACGAAGGAUACCAGGAAGGCACAGGCACCGACGUCUAGGUACCGCUUCUUCAUUACUGCGAUGCCCGACACAGAUACUUGGAGUUACGCAGACGGCACCAGGAUGACUUAUACGAUUAAUCAAUGCCAAAGGACAUUAUUCAUUCGUUAUUUUGGCCAUCGGUUUUUUCGUGCCGGACGAGCAGUAGUGAACUUGAUGAAAGUGGUACUUGAGACGUUGCGUUAUACGGCCUUCGGCGAGGCUCAAUUUUCUUGUGCGGUGCAGGCGUUUCUCAUGGCCGCUGCUGUACCGAGGGUGAUCAGAGAUGCUGUGGGCUAAGGAGCUCUCGCAGUCUUUAGUGAGACGUAGAGAAAGGCAGGACAAUGUCAUUGUUUCAGUGGUCUUAUAGCACAAUAUUGACGGGUAAUUUCUAUACGGCAAUGCCAAAUAUACAAUUUAUAAGUAAAGACUGUAAAUGUUCCAAAAAAUGUAUAGUUAGCGAGGGUAAAUUAUUAAAGUCACAUGUUGGUAUAUAUAAAUGGAUUUUCUAUA